AAUGAAUGGGAUUAAUUUCAGUAUAGGAAAAUGGGAGAGCUUCUUGCAAGUUACAACAUCAUAGGUGCAGAUCAAGUAGUGUCCCCUGUGCAAUUAUCAUCAGUGUUAUCUUCUCUGGCCAGCAGUGGUAGCAUUACUACUCCUACUCCUACUCCUACUCCUACUCCUACCCCAACAGCUGCAAUACCAUGUUUGAUUGAUCCUCAGAUUGAAACUUCUCUCUGCCAACGCUUCCAUUCACUCUGCCGCCAAAACACUACUCCUACUCCUCCUCAAGGAGCUCAAAGUAGCAAUAGUAUUAUUCGUCCUUUUAAUGGCGAUCGUGAUCAUCAAGAUAUGAUUCCUGCUCAAUCUGCUGCUGCUACUCCGAGUGCCGUCGCUGUUGCGGAGGUAGUGAGCUUCUUCACAGAGGAGGAGAUAGUAAGAAUGAAAGAGGCGGCGACUAAAGCCGUGGACGAAGUAGCGAGGCUUCUGCGGAUGAACGAGCCUUUCUGGUUUAGGUCAACAGUUGAUGGAAACUUCAUUCUUCAGCGUCAAAGCUACGACGGCGUUUUCCACAAUGUUGGGUUGAAGUGUGAAGCACGCAGAGAGGCAUCAAAAGAUUCACGAGUGGUGGCUAUGAGCGGCAGGAAAUUGGUUGAUAUGUUCUUAGAUUCGGAAAAAUGGGUUUCCAUUUUCCCAACAAUGGUUAAAAAAGCAGAUACAAUCGAAGUACUCAACACCGGUUUGCCACAGACCCGAAGUGGAGCCUUGCAACUGAUGUAUGCAGAUAUACAUAUUCUUUCACCGUUACUUAGAUCUCGGGAAUUCUUCUUCCUGCGGUACUGUGUGCAAGUUGAUGUAGGUGCAUGGAUCAUAGCAGAUGUCUCAUUUGAUUCCUCCAGAUUCCUUCAUUCCCUCACUUGGAAGCUUCCCUCUGGAUGCUUAAUCCACGACAUGAACGAUGGAUAUUCCACCAUUACUUGGGUGGAACAUGUGGAAAUAAGUGACAGUAUCCAAACGAAUCCGAUUUUUAGAGACCUAGUUUGUAGCAACAGUGCAUUUGGAGCAGAAAGAUGGAUUCUGACACUCGAAAGGAUGUGCGAGAGAAUUGCAUUCGCCUCAAUGAACAUGAUGCCUAGUUGUGACAGUGGAGUGAUUGCUUCACCUGAAGGACGAAAGAACGUGAUGGAAUUUUCUGAGAGGAUGGUAAAGCUCUUCUGUGGGUCUCUGGACAUGUCAGGUAACAUGGAGUUGCAAUAUGGGAAGAACAACAAUGGUGUAAGAGUUGGUAUUCGAAGAAGUAUAGAGGCUGGUGUGCCUAAGGGCUUGAUUGUCACUGCAUCUAUCUCCCUUUGGCUUCCUCUCUUGCCACAAGCACUCUUUAACUUUUUCAAAGAUCCAUCAACUAGACAACAGUGGGAUGUUCUGUGCCAUGGAAAUCCAGUGACUCAGAUUCAGCGCAUCUCAAAUGGAACUUUUUCUGAUAACUUUACAACAAUUCUUCGGCCUUAUAUUCCUACGGAGAACAACACGCUUCUUCUCCAAGAAUGCUGCACGGAUUUCUUGGGAAGCGUGGUGGUGUAUGCUCCGGUUGAUGUUGGCACAAUAACUGCGGCAAUCAACGGAGAGGACACCACCACGAUGCCUAUUCUCCCCUCCGGCUUCACCAUAUGCGGAGAUGGAUCUCCUCCGCGAGGAGCUUUCUUUGGCUGUGCGCUUCCAGAAUCGAGACAUUACGGUGGCUCCAUACUAACGGUGACCGUACAGGUGCUAGUUAGUAACCAAAAUGCGGUGGGGCAGUUCAACAUGAACACCGUUGAUGCUGUCAAUGGACUCGCAGCCACCACUGUCAAGAAAAUUAAAGCCGCCUUCAAAUGUCCCUGAUGAUAAUGAGUUGGUUUAAUUCGUCUUUUUUUCUUUGGACAUUGUUUAAUUCGUCUUUUAAUUAACUGUUAUUGUUGUUUAAUUUUGGGCCAAUAAACCAAGUACUUGUGGCUUUCAUUUAAACUUCUUGACAGCUAUCAUUUGAACUUAUAAUUUGCUUGCCAAGUUCGAUGAAUGUGGAACCAGAAAUUGCAAUCAAUUACUUUCUUUA